AGCGCACGGGCCGCACGGGGGUUACCAUUAUUUUCCCAUUAUCUUCUCACCUGUGAAUUAGCAACAACGUAGCGGCGGGGGCUCUGCCAUCGAUGCUCUAGGCGUUUGGCCCAAACAUUGCCCUUUCAGCCGAGGGAUGUAGCUAGCCGAGACUGGCGGUGCGAUGACCAGUGAUAUUCCAUGGCGGUGCGACCCUGGCUGAUGCGGUGUAUGGUUGGGACCUGCCUGGCCAGUCCAAGUUUUUUGCCCUACUGCCCUCCUGUCGAGCUCUUGGGAUUUUUAACUGAAGAAUGCCAGGCUGCAGCUGCUCUCAAGGAGGGAAUGAUGCUCAGCUUCUAUGGCCACAUCGAGGAGCUGGAAUGGGCCGCGGCGGAGGCCGCCUCCGCUGGCCGUUUGACCAUGCGUGAAGCGCAGGACUUGCUCAGCUUCACGGACGCUCACAGGUCACGCGAUGUCACGCGCGCUCUCGACCGGUGAGAUGGACAGAUGAGUCGACACACAUUCAGCCUCCCAGAAAGACGACCUACCGGGCGAAAGGAAGGGCAGGAAAGACAUCAAUCAGCAUACUCUUUUCAGUGUUCCCCCAAGCGGUCGACUUCAGUCAAUCACUAUCAAUCACUUGCUUAUCGUAAUUAUACCGUACAUUUGCUGUUUACUUCAGUUUCCUCUUGAUGACCAAUCAAUGAGACAAUGUCGUGGACUUUGACUCAAAGUGCUCUUCCGCAGCCAUGGAUCGUUUGUUUCGGUGUGGUAGCAAUGCCAUCGGUUUUUGCCAGUGUUGGCGCCCACGAAGAACAUGAAUUCAUCUGCAACUUGGACAGGGACAUCGUGGUCCACAUCGGGCUGUUGGAUCUUCUUGGUGAUUUUCAUUGAAAAGCCAGUGAACCCCAUUUUCUUCAUGUAACUGCCAAGAAGAGGUCACUUUUGGUUGUCCACGCCGCGUGUGCGGUGCCCAUCCGCUCACCUUAGGGACAUCGCGAGUGUCCAAGUGUAAUCAGUGUAAUCCUGGAAACUCUUUGAUUUGGUUGGCCGUCAUCCGUAGAAGAAUGGGCAUAACAAAAGAAUAUAAAAGACAGAUGGCACGAGUGCGAGCACGAUUCAGAGUCCUGGAUGGUAUUGCAUUUCUUCUUCCAUUACUAUAACUACCCACUUUUCCAUGACAAGGAAAGUCUAGUCAACACACAAUGGGGGCAUCCUGGGCACUCGGCAAGGAAAGCCUCAACUUGAUGCUUUGCAUCUCGCGUCAUCGAUGUGCCUUUUCCACCGUCGAUGACUUCCAGUUGGCUUGGAACGAGACCUGCGAUCGGCUGCUGAGCCGUGCCCCCGUGGCAUUCUCCAGUGAAAGUCCCUGUCGAGAUGGGAAUGAACUCAUGGCUGUUAUGGGUCGAUUGGUGCACAAGCUGCAGUCCGCGGAUGUUGCACAAGCAUCCACACAAGCCGUUUAUCCUGCAGAUGUAGCGCCCGUGUGCCAAAACCGAAGCCAACCGCACGUCACGAAAAGGAGUCGUCCCCUCUUGUUUUUGCAGGGGACCUAUGGGAAUCACACCGUCUCUUCGGUGAGUCUUUCCAUUUUGGAGCUUGUGGAAGCACUCGCCACAGCUCAGAAUCGGAUCAUGUCAGACAUGGUCUCGGUGAACCUGGGCGCGCACGAUGGCAGCUGCGGGGAUGCUGUGGAGAUGGAUGGGGCCAACUGCCUCUUUGAUCGGGGCGGCCGGGGCGUGGCGAUUGAAGGCUUGGAGCUGGCGCAGGCCUUGCAUAGCCGCUGGAAGGACGUGGAGGUCCAUGUGGGAUAUGUGUCGCCAGAAGAAGCCAGUGAGCUGGUGCGAAUGAGCUUGAGGAAGCGAGAGAUUCAGGAGGUCGACCUGCUGAAGAUCGAUUUGGAUCACGCGGAUUGCGACUUCGGGCGGCGCUUGCUGGAAGAUCUACCACCUCCCGCGAUCCUACACGUUGAGUACAACCGGCUGCUGCCCCCGCCGGUCCGCUAUCGCGAGUACUUCGCCUUCAAGAAAGCUGGACUCAUGGGUACCUCUUGGCGUGAAGGUCGGCAGAUGGCGCAUUGGGCCGGCUGCUCACUGCAAUCCUGGCAGGACCUGGCGCAAGUGCACCAACUGGAGCUCUUUCAGGUCACUUGGAUGGAUCUCACUUUUCUACGUCGCGACGUGGCCGCGCUGCUGGACGUCGCCUUGAUCGCGCCGGAGCCCAGCCAGAUCUUUACAGCCUGGCUGGACUCCUUCUGCGUGGCGCCCUCGCGACACCUCUACGGCCACCAAGCCUUUGCCUCGUGGGAUCUCCGCGCGCUCGCGGACGCGGAUGUGGACGUGCGCUGCUCUCUGGCGCGUCGGCUGUGGCGCGGCGAGGGGCCGCGGGGCUCGGAGCUCUACUGCUGAGACGGAGUCGCGAAAGGAGCGCGAGCGCAAUGCGCUGUGUCGGGGCAGAGAACGUGGGUUUGAUGGAGGUGUGGAGGGUGUAACGCAUAGCAACCCUAGCUGGGGCUGGAGCAAACUCCAACAUCGAUGAGACAAAAGAAAAUCAGACGUCUAAGUCUAGGCAACCCAUUGGGCUAGAUGGACCCCCGGCCCCAUGGAGACUCUCAGAAGGGGAUGGAUUUUUCAAGGGUUCUUGCUCGAACCCUUGUAGUGCAAACAAUAUCAACUGUUUGAAUUUAGUUCUCAUGUUACGUUAUUAGUAUUUAGCCUUUGCACGGACUGAGGAGAAGAUUGGAGGCUUGCCUGGGCCAUGAAUUGGACAGGUGGCUUCGUAGUGGAGAUCUCCAUCGAGCUAGCAGUGCACAACUUGACGAGUCAUAGAAGGCCAAGAAGCUUUUGACAUGAGUAGAUGAAGGAUAUCCAGCAGUAGCCAGCUUAGUGUGUCUACAGACUCCAGCCACCGCACCAUGGCGUACGAAACCUUGGCAGCUUGAAGCCGGUCCAUUGGGAUGACGUGCGGAG